AUGGCUCGUGCUCUAGUUUCUGCAAUCGCCGAGGAGCUUGGUUCCAUCAUUGCUUCAGAGCUCAGGUUGACUGUAAGUGUCAAGGAAGAAGUCCAAAAGCUUGAAAGCAAAUUCCGCACCAUCCAGGCAGUGCUCAACGAUGCAGAGAAAAGGCAACUGAAGGACGAAGCUGUGAAGCUUUGGUUAGAUAAGCUCAAAGACGUAUCCUAUGAGAUGGAUGACGUUUUAGAUGAGUGGAACACCGCCAUGAUCAAAGCAGAUAUUGAGAAGCAAAAGGAAAAGAAGAAGAAGAAGAAGAAGAAGAGAAAGCUGAAACUACAUCGUGAUAUUGCUCAUAAGAUAAAAGAACUAAAUGAAAAAUUCGAUGAGAUUAACAAAGAGAGAGAGACAUAUGGGUUUGAAUUGACUAGGGGCAUUGAAGAAAUUGAACGACCAAAAACUACUUCCUUUGUUGAUGUUUCUGAAAUUUUAGGUCGUGAUAAGGUUAGGAAUGACCUAGUGAGCAUCCUACUGGGCAAGCGUAGUGUAGAAGAAAGAAGCCCCCAUGUCAUCUCUUUAGUGGGAAUGAGUGGUAUUGGAAAAACAACUCUAGCCCAACUAGCCUACAAUGAUCAUGAUGUGAAAUCCCAAUUUGAGAAAAGAAUGUGGGUUUGUGUCUCUGAACCUUUUGGUCAGUGUAGGAUUGCCAAAGAAAUCCUUAAAUCUAUUGAAGGUCAAUCCCCCGACAUGACUUCACUACAAAGUCUGUUAGAUAGAAUUUGUGAUCAAAUUAUGAGAAAAAAGUUCUUUCUUGUCUUGGAUGAUGUUUGGAAUGAGGACCCUACAUUAUGGGAGCCAUUUAGACUUGCACUUAGAUAUGGCACCCAAGGUAGUAGAAUUGUAGUCACCACACGUAAAAACAUAGUUGCUGAGAUCAUAGGAAGUGUGGACAUGAUCAAUUUGGAGGUAUUGUCUAAUGAAGAUUGUUGGCUAAUGUUUAGUAAAUUAGCAUUUUGUGAUAAGAAUCCUGAGGAACAUAAGCAACUUGAAGACCUUGGUAGGAAAAUAGCAAUGAAGUGCAAAGGCUUGCCACUUGCUACAAAGACUCUAGGGACCCUCAUGCACUUCAAGAGAAGUAGAGAACAAUGGAAGAAUGUUUUAGAUAGUAAUUUGUGGGAAUUAGAAGAUAUGGGAAGAAGUCUUUUUGCACCAUUGUUAUUGAGUUAUUAUGAUUUGCCCUCACCAUUGAAACGAUGUUUAUCAUAUUGUGCUGUCUUUCCAAAAGAUUAUGUCUUUUUUAUUGAUGAGCUGCUAUUUAUGUGGAUGAUACAUGGUUAUAUCGACUCAAAGGCAAAUAUGGAGAUAGAAGUCAUGGCAAGAUAA